AUGUUGGCAAGUUUUGCCUUCUACCCUUCAUUGGGAUAUAAUCUUCUCCGGAAUUACUUACAACCGCAUAAAUGGACGUGGUACAAUCGAGUAGAUGAUAACCUAAUAGUAGGAGCAUUACCGUUCAAAUCAAUGCAGGACGAACUUAUUAAUAAGGAGAACGUUGGCGGUGUUGUAUGUUGUGUCGAAGAUUACGAAUUGAAACUUGCAUAUAAUGCAAUACAAAAAGAGGAUUGGCGAGCCGCUGGUGUAGAAGUUCAUGACAUUCCAAUGACGGACUUUUUCGGAUCCACAGGAAGAGCGCAAAUCGAUUCCGCCGUGCAUUUUAUGGAAGGAGUUGCUGCUAAGGGGAAGUCAGUUUAUGUGCAUUGCAAAGCCGGACGAACGCGUAGCGCCACAGUAGCUGCAUCAAACGUCCUCAGACAAUAUUGCGGAAUGCACAUUGGCGGACUGCCAACGAAUAUCGUCGUUUUCUGGAUCGGCAUGUGUCAAGUAGUCAAACAACUUCGACGACUUCAUCAUCUUAAAAAAUGCUCGCCUGAUGUUGGCCGCACAGCUUCGAUUGCGGUUCCGGAUUUCAGCGCGCGGUUGUGGUGA